UAAACACUUAGAUCGGUAUGGGCACAGGUUUGCCCUGAUUGAAGCCGAUCUCGCGUGGAAAACAUCUCCUGUACUUGUAAUUGUAUUUGUAAUUGAGAGAUGUUUCCCAAACACGGUUGGGAUCUUCCGUGAGGCGCUGAUGUCAACUCGCCCAUGACUCGUCACUCGUAACUCAUGAUCGUGUAAGGUCUGGUUCUAGAUUUCUAGGUCGUCGCAGUCCCUGUCCAGUUCCCCUCCACGUUAUCCAUAUACAUCUAGUAUCCCUUCCUCACGCAUGUUGCAGGUAACGGCAUUGCCGGCAGAAGCCUAUUUCUCCAAGAGAAGGCCAAAGCCAAACUUUCCCUAUUUCGGUCUCCACCAAAGACGCCUACUUGUGCCACUGCUGGUGGUGGUGGUGACGGUGGCAGUUGCGUCAUUGUUGUCUAUCAUCUCUUUCCACGGUCUUCUGAAGCUAUCCAAUACUCCACCAGUUCAAUUUGUUGAAAGCAAACUAAAUACUCAAUUUACGCCAUCAAAUACGCUUUAUCUAGCAGAAAACAUCAGUACCAACAACAAAGCUGCGGCAGGACAAACAAGUAUGGUGCAUCCACCACCGUCGCCGCCACCUCCAUCGCUUCCACUACCACCACCACCACCAACAACAGAUGCAACGGGUGGUCCAUACCAUAAUUGGGAACUUUUUUCUGCGGAUUUUAAUGAAAUGCUCACCAACUUGAAAAUAUUUGUUUAUCCCGAUGUUUUCACCAAAAAACACUCUUCCCCCUCUGCCCCAAUUUUCCUUCCCCAUCCCAACCCUUUGCAUCCAAAGCUUGGAAACUACUACAGCGAGCACAUGUUCAAAAUAGCCCUCCUUGGGAGCUCCCUUCUCACAACCAACCCAGAAGAGGCACACUUCUUCUUCAUGCCCUUCUCCAUCAAUGCUCUUCGAAACGAUCCACGUGUGCGUUCUGAGGCAUCCAUUGCAAACUUUGUCGCACAGUACACAGCCAGGAUCAGCUGGGAGUAUAUAUUCUGGAAUGCUUCAGAGGGUUCUGAUCACUUUUAUGUUUUCUGUCAUUCUGUUGGGCGGGAUGCGGCUUCAAAGCAUCAGAGUUUGUACAGCAAUGCUAUUCAGGUCACUUGCUCGUCAAGCUACUUCCAGAGGUUCUAUGUUAGUCAUAAAGAUGUGGGGCUUCCCCAAGUUUGGCCUCGGCCGCCUGAGGAAGCAUUAAAUCCGCCAGAUGCAAGGAACAGAUUAGUUUUCUUUGCUGGACGCAUACAGAACUCUCAAGUUCGCCAAGAGCUGGUAGACACAUGGGCAAAUGAUACUUGCAUGGACAUAUUUUCUGGAAAUCCUCCUUUCCCAUACGAGGAAGGGUUUAGGAGGAGCAAAUAUUGUCUCCAUGUGAAGGGAUACGAAGUCAAUACUGCGAGGAUCUCCGAUGCUAUAUACUAUGGUUGCAUUCCUGUGAUAAUAUCCAAUCACUAUGACCUUCCUUUUGCCAAUGUAUUGGAUUGGAGCAAGUUUUCUGUCAUCAUCAGCCAUCGAGACAUAGCCUUGGUGAAACGGAUACUGUUGUCAAUAUCCAGACAACUGUACUUGAGAAUGCACAAUAAUCUAUGUAAAAUUAGAAGACACUUCAAAUGGCACACAACUCCUAAAGGCUAUGAUUCCUUCCAUAUGACUGCUUAUCAAUUAUGGUUGCGAAGAGGAAUACACGGUUUACCUUAUUGAUGCUUUUGUAUUCUGCAUUUUGAGUUGACUGGUUUAUGAGUUCUGGAUUUAUUUUCAUGCAUGAACAUUCUGAAGACUCUUUUCAAAAAAAAAAAAGAAGAAAAAGAAAACACAUGCAGAAGACGCAAAAUACCAACGGGUUGAUGGCAGAUAGGA